AACUCUUCCUCAUUCGUCCUCCUCCAGAUUAAUUUCUUAUCCAACCCAGGAAAAGAAAAUGGAUGCUAUAGACUCAGUCUUCGACCCCCUCAGAGAAUUCUCUAGGGAUAGCAUCAACCUCGUUAAGUGCUGCCACAAGCCCGACCGCAAAGAGUUUAUAAAGGUUGCGUUUCGUAGUGCAAUUGGGUUUGUGGUGAUGGCGUUCGUUGGGUUCUUUGUGAAGUUGAUCUUCAUCCCCAUCAACAACAUCAUCGUUGGGUCCGAUUAAAUGAGGUCAUUCGGGACUGCGGGCUCACAAAAAGGAUGAUGUAAAGUAGUCAACACAUAAGGAAGAACAAAGAUCCAUGAUUUUGUGGGUUCAACCUUUUUUCAGAAAAACACCUUAGUAGCAUUGUCAUGUUCGCAGAGUAGAUAUGAGUAAAUUUUUACGUCUCUAAUCUUAGUUCUUAGUUUGUUCUGAUGGAUGUAUGUUCAGAUUCGUUUGGUAUCCAUACAAUGGAAAGAUGAUUCCCUCUCUUA